UGCAUUAAAAAUAUGAAUAAAAAAUGUUUUUUUUUAUUAUAUUGCGAUACUUACAUUUUUUAGCGAUAGUAAAAAAAUAAUGGGUUUUUUAAAGUUGAUCGUUGCUCAUUUAAUCAAGUAUCCUGAGCGUUUGUUUUUGAAAUUUUCAAAAAACAAAUUUGAACCUCAAAAUAUGUUCGAGUUACUUUUGACAUUGAAUGAAUUGCAAGAAAUCAUAGUGAUUUUAGAAGAUCAUUUUUUAAAAAAUGUUUAUCAAGGCGUUAAAAGAAAAAGAAAUUCUGGACAAAGUUUGGUAGUUUAUCGAAAAAAUCUGAAAUUAUUUGAUUCGUGGAGAGAUCACAAUGUAAUGAUCGACAACAAAUGGAGAGAGGUUUAUCAGGUUGUGUGUAGAGAAUAUGAUAAUUACAAAAUGGAUAUGGAAACAAUGACAGAAGAUGAAUUUUUAGAACGCAUCGAGUUUUGUCUUAAAUUACGUUACAAUAUGAAUGAUGAUGAAUAUUUUUUGUAUAAUUCUGUUUAUAAUUUUAUUUCGAAAUUAAUUAAACCGUACACAAAAUGGGAUUGUCACAUGGAUCAGUUGAUUGAUUUUUUUAUUUCUGAAGAUGCAAUCGAUAUUUUUGCUACUAGAUUCAACAAGGUUCCUCUUGUUAUUAAAUUACUUAAUGUGCACUAUUUGGCCUUGAUUCUUGAAUGUUGGAAAAAAUCACCGAGCAUGAAAAAUCAUUUUGAUGAAUAUGAUUUUUGGACGUCUGAUCAAAUUGAGCGUUAUGAAAAUCAGACGUUUAAUGAUAUUCAAGUGGAUCGACAUCAGAUGCAAGCAUUUAUGACGUAUUUUAAGCUAACAAUGCGAUAGGUUCGUUGUAUGAGGAAGAUGACAAAGAUGAUUUCUGGGAAAAAGUCAAAAAUCAUUACUUUUUUGGACGCCUUAUUGUUUAAUGAUUUUUUUGUUAAAUUUUUUUUGUGAAUAAAAAAAGUUAUUAUU